AUGGAAGACCACACCAACCGAACACUCGUCAAACGCCCCGCCGCCACCUCAUCCCCUCCCCCACCCAAAGACGCCGCCCGUUACCGCGGCGUUCGCCGCCGACCGUGGGGCCGCUACGCUGCCGAGAUACGCGAUCCACAGUCCAAGGAACGCCGCUGGCUCGGCACCUUCGACACUGCUGAACAAGCUGCUUGGGCCUACGACAUCGCCGCACGUGCCAUGCGCGGCCUCAAAGCCCGCACCAACUUCCAAUACCUUCCUCCCCACGCCGCUGCCGCCACGCCGCCGCCUCAACCGCCGCCUUUUCCUCCCCCCGACUUCCCGUGGCGCCACCCCCCUCCCCCCCCUGCUCCCCUCCUCUUCCACCACGUCAUCCCCUCUUCUUCUUCCACCAACACACCCACCGAAACCGCCGUGCUAUACGAUGAAGGCUGCGAUUUCUUCUCACCGGAGCCGCCGGGCUCCGGUUUGCUGCAGGAGGUGAUACACGGGUUCUACCCUAAGCGAGGGAGCGACGUGGUUGAUGCCACGAAUGAUGCCGUGAAAGUAACGGAGCCAGUGUCGUUGGACGAAAUGACGGUUUCGGAUGGUGUCGGUUUCGGUUUCGGGGAGUGUUUUCCGAGUGUUUCGGAAGGGUUGCUGGAGGAUAUUAUACAGUAUCCGGAGUUCUUCGAGAUGAUGCCCAGUAAGCUUCAGUCUGGAAUUAGCCACAGCGCGAAUUGAUAUUGGUUGAUGUUUGGUUUUGGGCUGGGGAUGGAAAUAUAUAGGUUUUUGUGCGUUAGGGUUUGUUAACAUCUUGUUGUCCAUGCAUCGUGUGGGGUUCUGUAGGGAGGAAUCUUUUCGCCUUAUUUCUAUUAAGUCUCUUAUUUUAAUGGAAAUCAAUGGGUUUAUUUCAGGUUCGGCACUUUCUAAAA